CGAAUCACCAGUAGACGAUGGACACCAUCUUCGAGUUCCUGUGCGGCACGGGCGCCGGCGACGCGCCGGCGGGCGAGCGCAAGAAGCUCCUGAUCAUCGGCGGCAGCUUCGGCGGGCUCGUCACCCUGCGGUGCCUGAAGAAGAACGGCGGCACGAAGCUCUUGGACGUGACGCUGGUCGACGCCCAGGACUACUGGGACUACUGCCUCGCGUCGCCGCGGUGCCUCGUGGACCCGUCGCAGUUCGAGGCGCAGCAGUUCGGCAUGCCCCUCGAGGGCAUCUGCGACCACCUCGGCGCGACGUUCAAGCAGGGCAAGGUCGAGACGCUGACGAAGGAGUCCGCGACCCUGGCCGGCGGCGACGUCGUGCCCUUCGACUACUGCGUCGUCGCGACCGGCGGCUCGUACGGCGCCGGCGCCAUCUGGACGGCGCGCCCCGACGAGCCGACGGCGGCCGCGCGCAAGGCCGGCUUCGAAGCCGAACACGAGGCCUUGGAGGGGUGCAGCAACGUCGUCGUCGCGGGCGCGGGCCUCGUCGGCUGCGAGAUCGCGGGCGAGAUCAAGGCCGCGUACCCGGACAAGAACGUGACCCUCAUCGGCAACGAGCUCUGCCCGAGCAUCACGCGCGCCCAGGCCGCGCGGCGCGCCAAGGCCCUCGAGAAGCUCGGCGUGGUCGUCAAGGAGGGCGCGGGCCGGAUCACGACCGAGCCCAUUGACGGCAAGAUCACGACGGACAAGGGCACGACCGUCGACUGCGACAAGCUCUACGCGGCGACGGGCUUCAAGUUCGACCCGGCCUUCGCCAAGGACCUCCUCGCCCUGGACGACCGCGGGCGGAUCAAGACCCGGGGCUCGCUGCAGGCCGAGGGCGUCGACAACGUCUUCGUCGCGGGCGACGUCGUCGCCGUCCCCCCCGGGAAGGUCGCGCACAUCGCCGGCGGCCAGUUCGCCGAGGCGACCUGCCCGAUCGUCGCGGCGAACCUCAAGAGCCUCGCCACGGGGUCGACGAAGCUCAAGGCCUACGAGUGGCCGUCCGGGCCGGGCCCGGUCGGGCCGUUCGGCACGAACAUGGGCCGGAAGGUCUGCGUCCUGGACGGCAUCCCGAUCCCGGCCUUCCUCCGCGACAAGAUGGGCGUCGCCUUCAAGAACGAGACCUUCUGGCUCGACACGGGCUUCGACGUCAAGGGCCUCGGCCGCGGGACGACGUGGGGCAAAUGAAAAGGGUAAUCACAUGCACGGUCUU